AUCAAUCUUUUGUUUCACAUACAUGGAAUCAUUUCUGAGGAAUAAUUUCUGAAGCACCUUACAACUCUUCUAUCUCUCGACUAAAUACAAUAAUCAAAUUCCUUGCAUAAUCACUUUGGUCCUACAUUGUUGGUUGCGAUUUAAAUUGUUAUAUUCAAUUUUUUUCUUGUAAUGUUUUUAGUCCCCAAACGUGUGGGAAGAGGUUGGGCAGUGCUGUGUAUGUACUGUGCUACUUGCAUCUCAGACACUUGCUGAACGGCUCCCUUUUCUUAGCCCUUCAUCCCACUUCUGUGGGAUGAUUCAGAAAUCAGACACAAGCCCUGUGUGGUCAAGUCCUGAUACUCUGUGGCUUUUCCAAGAACUCUGGAGUCAGUAAACAUUGUCUGAUGGACGCCUCUCUGUUUGUGUUUGUGAAAACUGACUCAUCUGCUCGUCCUUGUUACCUUUUGUUCUGCCUGCUCUUACUCAAUGAAGGCAGAAGUGUCUCCAGGUUGGUUGGUGGAUUGCCAAAAUGUGCACUGUCAGUGCUUAGAUUUUAUGUCAGCAUUCGUUUCUGAUACUACGUCGAUUAUAUUUUGUCAGAAGUGCCUCCUUUCCAAUUAUUCCAGGUCUGAUGCUCUUCCUUCCCCACAUGUCCCAAAGGCCUGCUGAGAUUGGGUUCCAGCAGCGAGCUGCUCCUGUCUGUUCCAUGUGGUGUCCUCUGGCCUGUUGGCCGCAGAGGUUCAGAGGAGGAAGAGAUGUGCUUGCAUUUCAGCUAGUCAGUAAGUAACAGAUGCGGGUGAAAGAUCCAUCAAGAGCUAACCCUGAGAAAACGAAGAGAAGCAAAAGGCCUAACAGGCCACAGGAUGAAGACUCUUCAGAUGAUAUUGCAGUGUCAUUUUCUUUAGGCUUAACCUGCCAGCACGUGAGCCAAGCGGUGGAUGUACAUCAUGUGAAGAGAGCGGUAGCUCAGAGCAUUUGGUCAAUAUGUUCAGAGUGUCUGAAGGAAAGGCGGAUGAGUGAUGGUGAGCCUGUGGCACCUUCAGACAUAUGGCUGUGUCUCAAGUGUGGCUCUCAGGGAUGUAGUAAGAACUCAGAAGGACAGCAUUCUCUAAAACACUUCCAAACAGCACGCACAGAACCUCAUUGCAUUGUUAUCAGUCUCAGUACUUGGAUCAUAUGGUGUUAUGAAUGUGAUGAAGAGCUGUCAACACAUUGCAACAAAAAGGCUUUGGCUCAGAUAGUUGACUUUCUUCAGAAACAUGGUUCCAGAGCUGAACCAAGUUCAUCAAAAAUCAUACGACUCCGUGAUGAAAGCAGUGAAACAAGUGAAAUUCUGAAAGGGAAAAGUUCUGGUAAUGGUACAUCAGUUCCAGUUAAAGGAAUAAAUAAUUUAGGAAAUACGUGCUUUUUUAAUGCUGUCAUGCAGAAUUUGGCACAGACUCACAUACUAAAUGAACUGAUGUAUGAGAUGAAGGAAAAAGGAACAAAGUUAAAAAUCUGUCAUACUUCAGACUCCCAGUUGGAUCCUUUGGUGGUAAACCUCUCCAGCCCAGGACCCUUGACUUCAGCGAUGUUCUUGUUCCUUCACAGCAUGAGAGAAGCUGGAAGAGGUCCUCUUUCUCCCAAAGUACUGUUCAGCCAGCUUUGUCAGAAGGCCCCUCGAUUUAAGGGAUUCCAGCAGCAGGACAGCCAAGAGCUUCUGCACUAUUUGCUGGAUGCAAUGAGGAUUGAAGAAACAAAGCGUAUACAAACUGGUAUCUUAAAAGCAUUUAAUAAUCCAACAACUAAGACAGCAGAUGAAGAAACUAGAAGAAAAGUCAAAGGUAUGAAACACUUUACUGAAUCACUUCUAAAAUGUAGAAGUUUUAAAAUACCAUGUUCUUCAAAGCUAACUAUAGCAAACAGUCUCAAAGUACUGUAGUGUUAAAAUGUUUUAUUAUGUAUUAUUCUAGUGCCACCUAGCGCACAUCUAAAGUAUAGAGAGCUUCUUAUGUACAGACUAUAGCCAGAAUAAAAGUUUCCACUGUAUUAGUAAUGCCUUCUGUAAUGUUAUAUAGAAUCUACUUUUGCUUUCUUAAAUAGCCUGCUGUUUGUUUGUUACAUAGCCACAGUUACUGUACUGCUCAGAGAGGCCAAAAGUUAUUUCUAUCAAGUGGCUGAUACUGUGAGCACUUGAAAUACGAUCAGAAAACCAAAAUGGGAAGGUGUUUCAAAAGAAUGCUUGUUUUUUUUAACAAGUUUAAAAUUAUUUUUCUUUUGCAUAUAUUCAAAAAAUGUAAUAAUUUUUGCUUAAUUAAAGUCUAAAUAAUGAUAAAGCUCUUUUGAAUGUUGGCCUUCCCAAAUCUGCAACAGUUGAGACAUAGAACU